UUAUUGACGGACGUUAUUUUUCAUUCUUUUGUUUUUUAGGGUGUUGGGCAUGGUCUUAUAGACUUAUGUUCUGUGUAUAGACUGGUGUUGGAUAAUAAAUAUUUACAAUAAUGUAUUUGUGUGUAGUAUAGUAUUAAAAUGCAACAAUUGCUUUUAAAAGACUCAAAACUUCGUUUUGGGGCUUUAACCUUUUUUGCUAAAGAACAUCUAGGUGAUUCUUGUGGUAGUAAUGGGUUGCCCCUUACACCAAAUUCAAUUAUUAUCUAUGGAAAAGCACAAAUGCUAAAAACAUUAAACCACCCAUAUUUGUGUCAAUAUUUGGAUAUAAUUAGAGGAAAACAUGAAAGAACCAUUGUUGUCUCGCAAUAUUGUGGCAAAUGCCUGCAUAACUAUAUUGAAAAAGAGUUGUUUGAUAUGGAAGACAUAAAGAAAAUAGCAUUUCAACUUAUCAUUGCAGUUAACGAACUUCAUAAAAGAAAUAUUAUUCAUAGGAAUUUAAGCAAUGAAAAUAUUUUGUUACAGGAUAACAAUGAUAUUAAAUUAUUUAAUUAUGGACUUUAUCACAUGACAGCACAUGGGAAAUUAGUAUCAUUUCCAAUAUUACAAUUAUUAUACACUGCUCCUGAAGUGUAUCUGGAUUCAAAGUGUCAAAAUUUACUUAAUCCAAAAUGUGAUGUUUGGUCAAUAGGUAUUGUAUUGGUGGAAUUGUUAUUAGGUACAUUGUUGUGGAAUAAUUUAAAAUUGGCACAAAGAAUAAGAAAAGUGUUAAGUUUCCUUAAAAGUAAUAAUAGUAUAUUUGAAAGGAUUGCUAGAGAACACAACUGCUAUGAAAAAUAUAUGGAUAUCCCGGAUGAUAUUAAGGAAAUAGUAAAUAUGUGUUUAAACAUUUACCCUAAAGAUAGACCGACUUGUGAAGAGUUAUUAAAAAAUGACAUAUUUAAACCUUUUUUGGAGACAUCUAAUAGCUACAGAAGUAAAGUUUGUAAACCAUUUGAGAUAUUUACAAUUAAAGAAUUCUAUCAUUGGUGGCAAUUAGCUGGUGGGGAUGUUUUACAGGAGCUUAAAAAACAAGGACUAAUCCGUUCUAGUCCACCCAUCCUAUCCUUACCUAAUUUGGUACUAAUUGAAGGGAAUAUUUUGGGACAGGAAAGAAAUCCAGCUACUUUAUUUGACCCAAGAGUGGUUGAAAUGCCUUUGGAAAGUUUAUAUCAAAGAUUUAGUAAUAUCCCUAUAACAUCUUUUUAUCCUUUAAUUCAUACAAAAUCAGAAAUAAUCGCGAGCGUUGAACCACCUGCCUAUGAUGCCACAGGUCUACCUUUGGUUAUAAAAGAAAAAGAUCCGGAGUAUCAAUUUCAUCGCAUUAUUUUGUUUAGACGAUUAUUAAAUGGUUACCCUUUCUGUAAAUAUCAAAUUAUCGCGGAAGCUGAGAAAGAUAUCCCACCACAUUUAAGAGGAGAAAUAUGGUAUGCCCUGUUAAAAAUAAACGCCAAUUACAAGAGGGACUAUUUAAAAAUUGAUAAAGACACGCCCACAUCCACAGACAGACAGAUAGAGGUGGAUAUACCUAGAUGUCACCAGUACAAUGAGCUGCUCUCUUCCUCAGAAGGCCAUAGAAAAUUAAAGAGAAUUUUAAAAGCUUGGGUGUACAAAAAUUCUCAGUAUGUUUAUUGGCAAGGCUUAGAUUCCUUAACUGCUCCUUUUCUCUAUCUCAACUUUAAUGAUGAAGCCAAAGCAUUCGCGUGUCUGUCCGCAUUUGUACCAAAAUAUUUGCACAAGUUUUUCCUGAAAGACAAUUCAGCUGUUAUUCAGGAAUACCUGGCGAAGUUUUCACAGUUAAUUGUUUUUCACGACCCCAACCUGGCGAAUCAUUUAGAGGAAAUCAACUUUUAUCCAGAGCUAUUUGCAAUUCCUUGGUUUUUAACAGUUUUUUCACAUGUUUUUCCUUUAUAUAAAAUCCUGCAUCUCUGGGACAAGUUGUUAUUGGGAGACUCGUCAUAUCCGCUUCACAUAGGCCUUUCCGUUUUAACGCAGUUAAGGGAUCGACUGUUAACUUCCGGAUUUAAUGAGUGCAUUUUGUUAUUUUCGGAUUUACCGGAAGUCGAUAUAGAAAAAUGCGUUAUAUUAUCAUCGAAAACAUUCCAUAACACCCCUAAAAGUAUUACGACGCGGGAACAUCAAAAUGAAGAAUUCUUUAAAAGAAACGAAUUUGAUAUUUCCGGUGUCACAUUACAAGAUCUUCAAAAAGAAAAAUGCCCUAGGAUUUCUACCAAUGAUGUUGUAGACCUAAUAAGAAAUCAUUUUGAAGAAAUACUCAUUAUAGAUAUAAGAAAUUCCACUUAUUAUCACCGAUCCUGUGUCAAAGGCAGUAUAAAUAUUCCAUUUUCCAGUGUUACAUUUAAAGAAUCUAAGAUUGAAAGUAUUGGCCAGCAUAGUGUAACAGUUAAGAAUAGCAAAAAUAAAAACAUUGUCAUUAUUGGAGAUGAUGAAUCUGAUAUGGAACUGGUCGAUAUUAUCGACAUCAACAAUCAGUAUUUUGUCGAAAUUUAUUUUUUUAUUGUCAGUAUGUCCGAACCUCAGUGCAAGAAGGUCAAGAUGCCCAACUCCCUGGAACAAUUGAAGGCCCUAACCACCGUGGUUGCCGAUACCGGUGACUUCGAAGCCAUGAAAAAGUACAAACCAACAGAUGCUACCACCAACCCAUCCUUAAUCUUAGCCGCCGCCAAUUUACCACAAUACAAACCAAUUAUCGAAAAAGCCGUGCGAUAUGGCAACAAGGUUGGAAACACGAUGGAAGAAAAAGUCGAGAAUGCGAUGGACAUACUGUGCGUUUCCUUUGGUUUGGAGAUUUUGAAAAUUGUUCCUGGUCGCGUGUCGACCGAAGUAGAUGCCAGACUAUCGUUCGAUAAAGACGCCAGUGUGGCUAAAGCUAUUAAACUAAUACAACUUUAUGCUGAAGAAGGCAUUUCCAAAGAUCGUAUCCUCAUCAAAUUGGCAUCUACGUGGGAAGGCAUUCAAGCUGCUAGAGAAUUGGAACAAAAACACGGCAUCCACUGCAACCUUACAUUACUCUUUAACUUUGCCCAAGCUGUUGCUUGUGCCGAAGCCGGAGUUACUCUUAUUUCGCCAUUUGUUGGUCGCAUUUUGGAUUGGUAUGUUGCCAAUACCGACAAAAAAAGUUACAGUGGAGAAGAGGACCCCGGUGUACUCUCUGUUACCAGUAUCUACAAUUACUACAAAAAAUUCGGUUACAAGACUGUUGUAAUGGGGGCAUCAUUCCAGGAAAUCAAGGCUUUAGCUGGGUGCGAUCUUCUUACCAUAAGCCCUGGAUUAUUGGGCCAAUUGGAAGCCAGUAACGAUGCCGUACCAAUUAAACUUAACAAAGAAGUUGCCAAAAAACAAGAUUUGACCAAAUUGGAACUUACAGAAGCUAAAUUCAGAUGGUUGUUAAAUGAAGAUCAAAUGGCCACUGAUAAAUUGUCUGAGGGCAUUCGUAAAUUUGCUGCUGAUUGCAUUAAACUUGAAAAUUCAUUGAAAACUUUAAUCAAAACCGCAAAGAAAUAAAUAUCCAAGUGUUAUUUUGUGUUUUAUACAUAUAUUUUUUUAAAUAUAGCAUGUUAAUAUAUCAA